UCGGCCAGGGAGGCCCCCCAAAAUGUUUAUAACUUUUCUAUGAAGUCUUAAUGUAGAGCUUAGUCAAUAGUUAAUUUAAUGUUCAAAUCAUCAGCACGUAAUCUGUAUUGAGUAAUCUAGGUAAGGUAUAUAAUGGUGUUAUAAACUAAAUAUCACUUAAUAAGAAGAGGCGUAUUAAAGGUACAUUAAGAGUACUUUAAGGGGUGUCGUUAGGGGUACAACUUAAUAAACUAAAUACGAUUGAUGCGUUUACUUACAGCAGGGAAAUUCUUGAAAAGGAAUACUUUCAUUUACUGAUCCUUAUUUAAUAAAGCGUUAGUAAGCUAUUACUUUGGAUUUUUUGACAAACUUCAGCGACUUUGGAGCAUGAACCUACAACCAAGCUCCUAAAUUGUUGGUCAAAAAAAAUUUUUUUUGUACAAAUUAUGUCAUAAUUUAAUCAUGCUUGUGAAAUUAAAUUUCCGAACAAUAAGGAUUUUGUGGACAGAUUUGUUAAAAACUCUAUUAGUUCCAGAUUGCGAUAGUCAUAGGUUCGUGCUCCUAAAUUUUUGGUGAACCUGAUUUGUAGUAAUGUAGUUCGCCAGUAUUGUCUUCGGAUCAUUAUUAAGGAUGAAUCUCAAACCGUCACUAACAGCCAAAUAAUAAUAAGCACGUAAGCUUAAUAACCAAACCAAACACCAAUAAGCAAUAAGCCUAGUAACCAAACAAAACAUCACUAACAUCCAAUACAACAGCAACAAAUCAUGCAACUCCAACAUCGCUACAAUUAAUGAAGUUUUCUGCUGAUAUAACUAUUUACUUUCCUUUUUCAUCAAACUUAGUAAUGCAGCUAAUAUGCAUGAUAACUUUGCAUGAGUUAUAAGCUGGCUGAGUAAAAUAAUAAAAAAAAAAAUGAUCUUGAUUGGUUUUUACACGUCUGAUUACUGAUAUAAUUUUCUUUGUGUACAAAGCACUCGGGUAUUAACUUUCGUCACUGAUGAUCGCGAAUAUAUUUUUUAAUUGUAUUGCUUUUAUAAUCAAUCAUCAAAUGUUCAUAAUUCAAAAACUAAUUGCAAGUCAAUCAAUCAAUGAAAGAAAACAAACGUUGUUUUCUAACAGUUUUAUUAUUGUCUUUCACUUUUUAGGGAGUUGCAUGUUUUAAAUUAAAUAAAUUUACCAAAAGCUUUUUAUAAUAAUUUAUUUAUUAUUUUAAGAUAACUUAUGCCAAGAAUAUUAAUAUAAUUGCCAAGAAUUGUGUGGAAAUUUAGCGUAACAACGAAAAUGGACCGUAACUAUAGGGACGAAAAUCAUGUUUGGAGACCCGAUUCUCCCCCUGAAUCUUUUGCCUCCGAAUCGGAAUUGCAAUCCGACUCCCCCGCACUGACGAUCGAAACCGAAGAACCGAGCAGCACGACAUCGAACAGCACAGAGACUGUUUCUGAGUUGGCUAGUCCAACCUUUGACUACCGAGACGAAGGUAGUCCACUGGCAGACGAGCUUCGAAGUCGUUUGCAGCUCAUAGAAUCAUGCCAAAGCAAUAGGAAUUGCGUGACUAGUCCCAUAGAAGAAUUAUCCGAAAAUAGCGUCUCAUCCACGUUAUCUUCCGAGACAACCUCUAGAGAUCUUCUGUCACCUCCUGAUGUGCCACGACUAGUAAGAAGCACAUCUCUAAAAACUGGAAAGACGCCUCCCGGGACUCCUAGUCGGAAGAAGAUAGUUCGAUUUGCUGAUGUCCUUGGUCUUGAUCUAGAAGCCAUCCGCCAUUUUGUGAAAGAUGACGACGCUCCCAUAGUUCCUCAAUCUGCAUUUGCAGAUUUAAAAGUACCCUCAUCAACGAGCGCUCCGCUGUUCAUGCCUUGGAGCACCAGUUCUCCAGGACUGUCACAGGCAGGUUGCAAGUUCGUCUCGCAAUUCGAGCAACCCGGUUCCGAUCCACACUUCUUAGAUAAAGUCCGACAGCAGAAAGUGUGCCUGGAAAACGCUGUCCUCAACGACCUUCGAGUGACGGGCGUUAUUCGAGUGUUAAAUUUAGGCUUCGAAAAACUGGUUGUGGUUCGAUAUACAACGACGGAGUGGGCAGCUUUCACGGACUUAACGGCAGACUAUGUUCCGUCAUCUUGUGACGGAUUUUCAGACAAAUUCAGCUUCAAUCUCCAUCUUCCUCACCUCUCACCCGGUCAGAGGUUAGUCUUUGCCAUGAAGUAUGUGGCUAACGGUCAGGAAUUCUGGGACAAUAAUUCUGGCGAAAACUACGUACUGAAGUGCCAAGCAAAGAUUACUGAUCAAGACUCUAGCAGUGGACUGAACGGUCCACGGUGGCUGCACCAUUUCAUGUGAUGUCCUUAUACAAUGCCUUUUUUGUCCACUAGUAAAAAUCAUAUAUAGAUGAAUACAUUUCAAUGGUGCUUUUUUGGGGUUGUGCUGCUAAUAGUGAAAAUAACUAUAGUUGCCCUACCUGUUUCCACGUUAGUAAUUUAUAUACAUAAUUAUUUGACUGACUAUUUUUUUAUAACUAAUGCGUGUGUUUGGUAGUUCUCCGAACUUCUCAUCUUGACUUAACAAUGUGUUCAAGCAAUCCUCGGCGGAUGACCAUUUACGGAGGCUACCAGCAACAACGAAAUACCCAGAAGACGAGGACAAAAUGAUUCAGAUAAUGAAAACAUUUUAAAGGAACAUUUUGGAAUUCUCAAGUAUGAAAUGUAACCUGAAAGCGAGCGCUUUUGUUCUUUCAAUUACUAAAAUUUUUAGUACCAUGCAAUACAUCAAUACUCUGAAUCUGUGCCUUCAAUUAAUUUAGUUAGACCACCAUAAAAUAACCUAAUUAGUUUGAUUAGCAACUGUAUGAAUGAUAAGUUAGGGAAAGUAAUUUAAUAAUUAGCUUCAAAAACUUCAUGGAACUAAAAUUUUCUAGAUGAUAUUUUGCUUUUGUACUGAGGUGAUUUUUUCAAGAAAGCAAGGGUUUAAUUCUGUGACGCAAACAAAUUAAAAUAUGUUAAAAAUAAAUUAUUGUAUUUCAGCUUAUAUUCAGUGAUAUUUUAUUACGUCAUUUCACUAGUUUUUGCACUCCGUCCUAAAAAAAUGUUUUCGUGGUUUUAAUUUUUUUUAUGUGUAUUUCACUUUCCAAAACAUGCUUGUUAAGGAACAAUAUAAAAAAUUUUAAACACAUACGACAGAGUUAUUACAUUGAGUGUUAUUUUGUAAGUACAUGCUACAAUUGUUUGAAGCAAUAUUAAAAUUGGCCAGUGGUCAGUUGAAGCAUUUUUAACCGUGGCCACUUUUUAAAACAUGUGAUCUGUUUUCAAAAAAUUGAAAAUUAUAAGCGAUUUUUUUUUAAAAAAACUGUUGAUAGUAAUAAUGGAAUAUGGUAAACUCUACGAAGUUCAUUUCUAAAAGGAAAAAAUAUGUAAAUAAAUUAAUUUUAAAAAUAUUUUAAAUAUUCAUAACAGUUCCACGACUAUUAAUAAUUAUAAUGAAAUGUGUAUUUUCGACGAAGAAAAGUGGCAAUUGGUAGAGGCAAUGUUUUAAUUGCCAUGUAGCCGGACGUCAUAGUUAACUAAUACAUAAAAUGUCGCAAAAACACAUUAAAUUUAUUUUUAAUGUCUAUUUAAAUGUUUUUUAACUAGAUUUUUUUUUAAAUGUAUAUACGUGGUGUUCUAUUUUGUCCUACACUUAAUAUAUAGUUUUAAAAUUGUUGUCGAAAAUGGAGAAGACACAAUAGGGCUCGCAACUUAAUAUUUAGGCAAAAAGCAAUAACGCUAUCGAAAUAUGAUGGAUCAUUAUUGUGGAAGCAGGUUUAAAAAUGUUAACGCAUGUUAAAUUACAAUAAAAAGAAAAUGAUUAACAUUUUCAAUUGCUAUGAAGGAAUCAAAUUUAUUUUGAUCAUUUUUGCCCCGUCUUCCUCAGUAGUGAUUCGUCAGAUUUUGCGAAAGUAUUUUGUUCUUCCUCGCUUUAAUAUUAAUUUGUGAGACCUAGUGCUUCUACACAUCUCUUAACUCAUUUUUUACAAGGAUACUAAAAAUAUAUAUUACGGAAGGUUAUUAUGGAACACUUCGCAUGUAUAACACUCAUUUUAAAACAGUGUAAAUUACUAUAAUUUAUCGAUAUUAUCCUAAAUAUUACUGUUUAACUUAUUGGAGUUCAUAUCCUGAGAUUAUGAAAUUGUUUGAACUCAAAAUAGUUCAUGUUUUUCUUUCUGAUGAAGCAAAAGCGUGAAAGUAAUAAUAAUACAAACUAAAAGCAAUAAAAACGAAAACAAUGAAAUAAACUGAGCAAGAUUUUUACAGUCAUUUAUUUCUUUAAGUAAAACUGAUUUCCUAAUGACUUUAUUGUGUGUCAUUUUUUUUCCCAACAGUUAAUUUUUAAGAACUGCACGAACUAUUUAAGUUAUCGAUUGACUACUUUUACAUUACAUUGAUCAACUUCACUAAAUCGAUUGCGAACUGCUGAGAAUGACUGGUGCAAGUGAAAGAGUUGUAUAAAAACAAAAAAAAUAUCAAUAAAAUAUAUUUUACAUUUUAAAUAAUUUUGUAAACAAAUAUUUUACUCAAAAAAUAAUAUAUUAUUGAAUUAACACAAAGCAAUAAGUAUUUGCGUAUUUUCGAACUUGUAAAUAUAUUUAUAAAAUGCAACUUUGAAACAGUUCAAUCAAGAGUGUAAGAAAAUAGUAAAAAAAAAUUUAAAAAAAUUUUAGAUUAAAAAUAUUUGUUUCUUACAAAAUGUCUACUUGAGUCUGACUAAUGCCUACUUGAGUCACCCUUUUAACUUUAAAAUGCUUCAGUAAUAGUCAUAAAAGUGGUGUCUAGGUAUAGUAAAGUGGCUA